AUGUCUGGUCCAGGAGCUGGUUUCGAAUAUCCCGCAGAGGAGGUUUCUUGGUUGAAGAGAGAUGUUUUGCUCUUUGCUAACAGCAUUGGGUGUACGAAUGACGAGCUACAUUUCUUAUUCGAAUUACAUCCCAACUUUGCCGUCUUUCCAACAUAUCCUGUUCUUCUUCCAUUCAAACGCACAACCCAAGAAGUAAUUGACUUCUAUGCUGCUUCCUCCGCAACUCCAAUUCCCGGCGUGCCAAAAUUCGACUACAGACGCGUUCUUGAUGGUGGACGUUCAAUGACUUUCCUCAAACCACUUCCUCCUACCUCCGCUGGCAAAACCUUCGAGUUACGCUCUAAAGUUAUCGGCGUAUAUGAUAAAGGAAAAUCUGGCUCGGUUGUUGAGACACAACAGGAGAUUGUAGACAAGAACAGUGGAGAAGUGUAUACCAGGGCUGUUGGGAGUGCAUUCUUUGUUGGUCAGGGUAAUUGGAAUGGACCUAAGGGUCCGGCGACUCAGAACUUCCCUCCACCCGAAGGAAAGAAACCUGAUGCUGUUAUGGAACACCAAACUACAAAGGAGAGUGCAUUGUUGUACAGAUUGAAUGGUGAUUACAAUCCUUUACACGCAACACCUGAGCCAGGGCAAAAGAUGGGAUUCGGAGGGCCCAUCAUGCAUGGGCUUUCAUCAUGGAACUUCACCGCGCAUGCGCUCUUGAAGGCUAUUGGUGGUAGUGAUCCCAAAAACAUCAAAGAAUUUUCAUGUCGAUUCGCAUCGCCAGUCAAACCAGGCGAUAAGUUGAUCAUCGAAAUCUGGAAAACUGGAGAAAUCAAAGAAGGAUGGGAAGAAAUUCGAUUCAUCACCAAAGUAGAAGGUGGAAAGGUUUGCUUGAGCAACGGAAGAGCUCUAAUGAAGACUGUAAGUGGCAGUUCAAGUGGUGGAGAUGGAAAAAUGCUAGAUCAGGGUAUGGCUAGUAUCAAGGCGAAUUCUGGCUCGAAGACUGGCGGCGCUGCGAACUCUCCUAGAUCUUCGGCUAGAGAGGAGAGCAAGGCUCAAAAGAGCAAGUUGUAG